AUGUUGCUGCCGCUUCUGGGAGCCUGUGCCGUGGUGGGUCCAUUCCAGGGCCCCGAGUGGGAGCCAGUAAGGGGCCUAUUGCCCCGGGAUCGAAGCUGCAGGGACCCCCGGUGCUGUGGCAAUCUGCUUGUCUUCUGCCUCUUUCUGAUCUGGCAGAUCCAACAGUAUCGGUAUCAUGUUUCCAGGAUGGGCAGGAGGAGGAAUGUCACCAAGGUGCCACCACAGAGAGGGGCAGUGUCAUCCACCACACUUGGAACUUUCUUUGGGACGAUUCCCAAAUUCUGUACUCAUGAAAAAAUCAGGGGCCUGGAUGUUCACGUCCAUCGGUGGACACAGAAGCAGAGGUGGGGAAACCACCGGAAGAGCGACAGACGACAGUGGGCCACUGAAUACCUGCUGUCUCCACAGAACCCAUGUCCAGACCUGUCUUGGGUUGUCCACAGCUCUUCUGAGCCCAUUUUUGGUACCUCUUCCUUUUCCAGCACUUGUCUUCUCCCUCAGAACGAUUCUUGGGAAGCAUGGCAAGUACCCUGGUAUCUCAGGGACAGCCAGGCCCACCCUGCUCUGAACAUGUGCCAAAGAAUAGAGCAGCUGCUGGCUCCCUCCCAGGAGGAGCUGCUGUCAGCAGACCCUGUUCGCCAGAGGUACAGCUCCACCUCUCUUCCAAACUUCCCUUUAGCUCAGAGGUCAGGGGUCUGCCUCAGAAAGUUUCUGCCUGAUUCCCUUAAAUUACAAUGGGAAAUGUCUUUGGAUAGCCCACAAGGUCCCUUAGUACCAUGGGGUAAAAUCCAGACAGUCGACAGAGAAGCUACACUGCACCACACAAAUGAGAAAGAAAACAGAAGGGAGCGAGCGUGGGAAACCCGAGCAUCUGGAGCAGGCCUUCCCGUAGUCUCUGGAGUGGAGGAGGAUGCAGAGGCUGAGGCCUUGGCGUGCGGUAGCCGGGGGCAAGUACGAAGGGAAACUGAAGGAGAGCUCCCAGGGAAGAAGCAAGACCCGAUGAGAACCGCAGGGAAAGAGCAAACUAAGAAGCCGUGGAAGAAGAGCUGGAGGGAGCCUGGCGACAGGAGUCCGUCUCGGGAACAGAUGACAGAGAGCCAAGAACAGUUCAGAUGUAAAACCGACACAGCAACUCAGACCCCAGAGUGGGGGAGCCAGGAGGAUGCUGUGGAAGCUCCAGCCCCGGGGAAGAGGAAUGAGGGAGAAGCCAGAGGGAAGGGCGAGGCAGAGGUCCAGCACCAGGCACUGGAAACACUGGGCUGGACUGGAAGUAACAGCAGUGGGAAUUCCCAAAUGCUCAAACAGAGGGUACAAGAUCGGAUUGGAGGCGAUCCUGGUACAGUAGCUGAGGCAGAGGAAGGAAGACACGGGGGCCAGACAGGAAGUGAGGAUGGUGCGAAAAUCCAGUCAUCUCACGGGGAGAACCUGAGAGAAGCCGAAGAACAGGACAGCGGAGAGACCCAGGCCCUGGAGUGGGAGAAACAGGCAUGCCUUAGAACUGGGAGUAAGGGCCAGGCUCCAGUGGGGGAGGGGCGAAGACAGAGCGGAAGUGCCAACAGGAAGACCCAAGCAACUAAUAGAGGGAACCAGGAUCUGUCAAGACAUGAAGUCCAAGUGGGAGUGAGGAAGCUCAGGGAAGUGAGAGAAGAGGACUGGGUGAUGAUCCAGGCACCGUGGUGGGGCAACCAGAGACUGCUGCUCAUCACAGUCGACAGAGGACCCGAGACACCACAGUGGGGAAGUCAGAAUCAGGUCAGAGGGGAACACACUGCGGAGAUCCGGUCCCUGGAGAGUGACCGAAGAAAAGGUGGAGACGAAGAUGUUGCGAAUAACCUGACGCCUGAGGCCGGAGAUCAGGGUAAAAUUGAUUUGGAGACUUACCCAGAAGGGAGCAGGAACGAGGAAAAAAUUGAAAAGGAAAAUGGACCGGAUACUUUGACCACAGGGAAGAGAAACCCGUGGCGGGUUACAGGGUAUAAGGAAGCAGCGAAGGCUGUGGCUGAGGAUGGUGCAGAGGUUCUAAUUCUAGGGAGCAGAACCCGGAGAGGAGCCGGAGGAGGAGAAGGCGCAGAGAUCAAGGCAGCCAUGGAAGAAAGCCAGAGCUGGUUAGGAGAUACGGGUCCAAACCCCGGUUCAUCAGCGUUAAAGAACCAGAGGCCGGUGGAGACUGAGGUUGGAACAGAAGUUCAGGUCCCAGAGAAGAGAAAGCAGAGAGAAUCUGGAGAGGACACUGCAGAGAUCCAGAGACCCGAGAGCAAGAACCAGGGACAAUGGACGGAAGCUGGAGGGAGCCGUUCUGCCAGGUGGAGGAGCUGGGGACGGGCUAAAGGAGAGAACGUUUCAGGAAACGGGGUCCCGGGGAAGAAAAACUGGAGAGAAGCUGGAAGAGUGGAUGGUGGAAAGAUGCAGAGACCCAGGAGAAAGACUCAGAGACUGCUACGUAAAAUGGAUGGAAAGACCUACUUGCGAGAGUGGAAGAACCAGCAACGUUCUGGAGAUGGAAAUGCGGCGGAAAUCCAAAAUCAAGGGAAGAGAAACCUGAGAAGUUGCACAGGCGAUGCUGGUUCAGAGACCCAAGCCUCUGCAGGAGAGGACCAGAGACAGUCAGUGUGUGAAACUGAUGAAAAAAUUCAGACACAGGGCCAAAGAAUCGAGAGCAAGGGUAGAGAUGCUGCUACAGAAAUCCAGGAUGCAGGGGUCCAGAGAAAGCACAGAGCUGAGGACGCUAAACUGUCUCAUACAUCAAGGAGAAGGGACAAGGACCAGGUCAGAAGGAAGGAUGUUGUCAGGCUCAGUCUCCAAGGUGACUCUUCUGGGGGAGUGGAGCCCACAGGGCGGAAGUGUAGCUUGCCUCAGCCUGCUUCUCUCGCUCCUGCAUAUGGAACCCCUGGACACAAGCAACCACUAGCUGAAACUGGUGCAGCCUCUGCUCCCUGUCCUGAGGAACAUCUUAGGCGGGGCACAGCCGCUGCCCGGAAGCGCAGGGGUGGAGUCAGCGAAAGCUCCCAGAGUGCCCAACCUGGAUCUCAAAGAAGACAAGAAAGGGACAAAGGGGUGGAUCCAGGAAAGGCUUCGGGCCUGACAUGCCAGUACCCUUACCCUCAGUCUCAGGCAUGCUCUGUCUUCCCCUCUCUACUUUGUCCCCAGGUCUCCCAAGCUGCCCCAGCUCUAGCCAGUGCACCGGCUGCCCUCACCACCCUGCACAAAUGGCCAGCCCUCAAGAAGAGCAAACAUCUGCUCCUGGAGUCCCUCAUGAAGAGGAGGAUUGCACACCUGAGGUGGGGCCUCCCUCGACGAAUUCUGGAGUCUUACUUGCUUUUCCACUUCCUAGAAUCUUGCUCAUUGCCCAGGGCCGGAGUGAGGCUGCCUGGAAUACGCACAGACCAGGAACACCAAACGCAGCAGGGACGGCCUUGUGAGUCCUUAGGCCCCGAGUCUCCAGGCAGGCUUCAAGGCCGUCCAGUUGUUGAAAGAAAAAGCUUAAAACCUUCUACCCAAGUCCAGGCCCUGGAGAAAUGUAGACCACCCAAGGCCGAGUCAACCGGCAGCUCCGGUCCGCCUAAGAAACCCAGGAGAAUUCGACCACUAGGGGGAGCAAGAGACCCGCAGAUCCAGGAGGAGGCCCCAAGGACGCAGAGCCCUGCUUCUAGGAAUCCCAGCCCAGCCGCAGAAUCUAGGAGCUGGUGUGGCCCAGAACCAGCCCAAGAGCUUUCCAUUGAGGACAACAGGGACAGAAAAAUGGUCAGACCUGGAGUACCCCGUGUGGAAGAGAGGGCUUCCAGCAGAGUGAGGGCCUCAUCCUGUCCAGAGGGCGACAACCACCGGAAAAAGGAAUGCGUACCAAUGGUAGUCUCCACGAUCCCCAGAGUCAAAUGUCAACAGUCCAUAUACCGAAGAAGUGAAAGGGUGGGAUCCGCAGAGCACAGAGGGGCCUGGCAGCCUCCUGCCCCCUGUUCUGCUCGUACUUCCAGCAUCAAAGGGGAUAUCCACUCUGCUGCAGCCAGGGUGAGCAUGACCAUCUUGAACAAGAUGCCAUGGUUGCAACAGCUGGUUAAGCUCCAGCAUUCAGGCCCCGUUCUUACCCUGAGGAAUCCUACCCCAUUUUCCAAAGUGGGUGCACCAUAUACAAGGAGGGAUGGAGCCAGAGCCCCCACUGCUUUGGAGAAGGACCUUGAGCCACCAGGACAUUGCGAUACAGGGCUAACUGUUCCUGAGACAGAGAGCUGCCGGGAAAGCGAGAUACCUGGGAAGCCAACUGGGGCACCACGAAAGCCAGCAGUCUCACAGAAGUUUGGUUUUAUGAGGCACUUGAGAUAUUUCCUCAGACAGUAUGGCCUUAAAAAGUAGACCACAGGCCCAAAGUCCUUAGGACGAGUCAGAGAAGGCGUUCCAGUGACCUUGGUACCAGAGCCUCUAAUAAAAUUGGUUAAUUUGGGUCUU